CCUCCAGGCUUCAAUUCCCUUUUCCCCUCCUCCCCACCUCACUUGCUAGGUUUCCUUCCACCACUACGUUCUGCCCUUCAGCUCCCCUAGUCUGUUCAGUAACAGCACGGCUUGUUGCUGACACACCUUGAGUCUCUUGACCUGCUGCAAGCUCAGCCCAGCCUUUCCUUGGAACUCCAACCUUUGUCUCUGAAACUUCCUCGUUCCAAGGGGAGGUUCUGCCGGAAUUUCUGGUCCCAAAGAUCGAUUUUCAAGGGGAGGUUCUGUCAAAUUUUCCUCUUCAGAACAUCGAUUUCCCAGGGGAGGUUCUGCCAAAAUUUUCUGCACUGACCACUCACUUUUCCAGGGGGCGUUCUGCCAAAAUUUUCUGCGCUGACCAUCAGUUUUCAGGGGGAGGCUCUGAUAAAAUUUUCCUCUCUCACCAUCAGUUCUCCAAGGGGAAGUUCUGCCAAACUUUUUGAGCAAGAACCUACCCUUUCUUGACGCGCACAUACAUAUACAUACACAAACAAAUUCUAAUUUUAACUGAAGAAGAGUACUUUGAUCCUUGUUCUUGAUGAUAGACUAGCAAAGAAGCCGCAGCUCUGUUUAGAUGUUGUUGCUCGUCCUGUCCGAGCACCCCCUUUCUGGUUUUAUGAUCGGCUCCACCAUCACCCGCCUUGUGCAGUCCUUCUCCGUUGUCUUCCUCUACUGGUUCUAUGUCUUCUCAGUAGCCUCCCUGUAGUUAGUUGUAAUUUUGCAAUUAACUAAGUUUUCCCUAUAGGAUAUAAUUAAGGUAGUAACAAAGGGGUUCGUAUACGUGAUAAAUAAGAGCUAAAAUAGUUGAGAGUGCACAAGAGGUGGUGAGACGUGACCAUGUCAAGUGGGACCUCAUCUGGAUCGAGUCUGGGGACCCGGAGCUCCAGAUCGGAGGAUGACCUGGACCUCCAGGCCCAGAUGGAGAGGAGGAGGAAGCGCAGGAAGGAGUCGAACCGGGAGUCGGCUCGGAGGUCUAGGCUACGAAAGCAGCAGCAUCUUGACGACCUCACCUCACAGGUAAAGCAGCUGGAGGACCAGAACAAACAGCUCAGCUUGGCACUAAGCAUAACCAGCCAAAACCUUGUGGCAGUGCAAGCACAAAACUCUGUUCUGCAGACCCAGAAGAUGGAGCUGGACAGCAGGCUGAGCGCCCUGACUGAGAUCCUGUGUUACAUGAACACCAUCACUUGCACCAGUGCAAGUGCUCCUGCAAAUCCAGCCAUGGUGAACAACAUCACAUCCAGCAGCUCCUAUGAUCUUCUUGGUGCCAGCUGCACAUGGAACCAGCAGCCAAUAGACUUGUACCAGUGCUUCUAGCUCUACAAGAGAGAAGUGGUUGUUACAUGACAUAAUGGUAGGGCCAGAAGGAAAGGAGGCAGUCAGGCAUCAAGUUCUUUUCAACCAUGUAGGGCCUUUGUGUCACUACUGAUGUAUGCUUGAUGCCUCUCUCUUAAUUGUGUAUUUCGGAGGCGAUAGAGAUGUUUUGGUUUUCUUGUUGCUGGUGGUAGAGCCUAAAGGAUGGGAAAAUGGCGAAGUUGUGCUUGGCAUUGUGUGAGGUGGAGGCUGUUGUGCUCUGGUAGUUGAGGGGGUAGAGGGGAAAUAAUAUUGGGCCAGACUGAAAGAGAAAGGCAGGGGAUUAUGUACUGGCUGAAACUAUGCAUAAAUGCGUAAUGAUGAUGAUAAUGUUUAUUAAGAUGUUGAUUUGAUGGCUCCUGAUA